UCAUUUCUCCCUUGGGAAUUGAAUGCAACACGUUUUAAGAGCGUUUCGGCACGAUUUUCGUGGCGCUUCCCAGCGCAGUGUCAGUGCAGCAGCAGUGUCAGCAAAUGUAGAUUUAAGGAACAGCGUCCUUUCAUGCGGUUAGGAGGCGUGUUAGCCCGGAUGCCCGCAUCCUGACAGAUAAUGCCAUCCGGGCGCGUUUCCCUGAGCCACGCAUCAUUCCCACUGGCCGUCUGGAGAUAUGCAGCCUGCUGUGUUUAGAUGCUGCCUCUCUGUCAUUAAUUGAAGCUUGUGGUGAAAUCAAGCAGCAACUGGUUCCUCGGUUGUCUCCGCUCCGAGCUCCCGAAUAGAUGGGACGCUGUCCAUGCAGCGUCUCCACGCUGCAGCGCUGAGGACUGGAUGCUGCUGCAGAGAGCCGCUGACCUGUUGGGGAGUCUUCUCUCCAGCCAGUCCUCCUAACCCCAAUGGAGCAGCAAGAGGAACAGGUUGGGGGUUUGUCCCACCAUGGCAGUAGCCAGGAACUCGGUUCUCCACCCAUCUCCCCUUUUGAGCCCGGAGAAAGCUCUCAGCAGGAGGAAGGUACAGUGAUGAGGAGGAGUGAGAACUACCUACCAGUCCCUGGUGAGGACAAAAACCUGGAUGGUGACUUCAAUGGGAAGACCACGAAUGAUGAGUCCGUGCCAAUGAAAACUCUCUAUGCGAGCGAUGGCUCGCUCCUGCAUCCGCCCCUUGGUCCGUACUUCUCUGAUGGACAGCGGCGUGUGGAUUAUGUUCUGACCUACAGCAUCCAGAAGCCCAGCGCUGUCCGGCGCCAGUCAUCCAAGCUGAGUGACAAUGGCCUCUUCCAUCGGCUUCGGCGCAUCCUGAGCUCCAGGAGUAGCCGAGCGCCGCUGCACCCAAAGGAAGACCCAGAAGUUGCAGCCACAGAACAACAAGCUAAUCAUCAUGAGGAUGACAAGCGCUUCAAGCGGGAGGAGUUUGAGCAAAACCUUCAGGAGAUGGGCCUGGAGCUGGAGAAGGACGAAGGGGGUAAAAUCUCCGGAAUUGGCUUCUUGAAGAUCCAUGCUCCCUGGGCUGUUUUGUGUCGAGAGGCUGAGAUCAUGAAGCUCAAGAUGCCAACAAAGCAGGUUUAUGAAGUGAAACAAGGCAGCAACCUGGUGGAGAAAAUCCGACUGUUCAUUCACAAAGUUACUGAUCCUCUCCACCCAAAAGUGGGUCCCAAACGGCCCGGAGAUGUCAAAUCACUCUCCCUUCCCUUUUCAAAGGAGAAGCAGCACCUUUUUGACCUCUCUGACAGAGACAAGUUCUUUGACAGCAAGACGAGAAGCUCCAUUGUCUAUGAAGUACUGAAGAGGAUACGAUGGACCAGACCCAACUACUCCUUGGGGAUUACUAGUCUGCUAGCCAACGGUGUCUACACAUCUGCUUAUCCACUACAUGAUGGAGACAUUGAGGGGGUUACUGCAGAGCCUAAUGACAGGAAGUUAUUGUUCGAGGAAUGGGCCAGCUACAGUGUUUUCUACAAGUAUCAGCCUAUUGGGCUGAUCAGGAAGUACUUUGGAGAAAAAGUUGGCCUCUAUUUCGCCUGGUUAGGAGUUUAUACCCAGAUGCUCAUCCCAGCUGCCAUCGUUGGAGUCAUUGUGUUCCUUUACGGCUGCGCCACAGUUGAUGAUAACAUACCUAGCAUGGAGAUCUGUGAUCCCAGGAACAACAUCACCAUGUGUCCGCUGUGUGACAGUGCCUGCAGCUACUGGAAGCUGGAGACGGCGUGUGGCACAGCAAGAGCCAGCCACCUGUUUGACAAUCCAGCAACAGUGUUCUUCUCCAUCUUCAUGGCUCUUUGGGCUGUUCUCUUCAUGGAGCACUGGAAGAGGCGCCAGAUGCGGCUCAACUACGUCUGGGACUUGACGGAUUAUGGAAUGGAAGAGGAGGAGCACUAUAAGGACCACAACAGAGCUGAGUAUGAGCUGCGGGUCGCAGAAAAGAUCAUGAGACAAGACCAAGGAGCCCCAAAGGACGAGAAAGUGAAGCUAACGUGUACAGACAGAAUGCCAGCUUACCUGACCACCGUGGUCAUGAUGGGCUUCAUGAUUUUCGUAACCUUUGUGAUCGCAUUUGGGGUCAUCCUGUAUCGGAUCAGCAUCAAGACUGCGCUGCACUUAAGCAACUACCCUGCUGCACGCUCCAACAUCCGAGCCACCGUGAAAACCACCGCCGCCAUUAUCAACCUUAUUGUCAUCAUCAUCCUGGAUGAGAUUUACGCUUCCAUUGCCCGCUGGCUCACCACUCUGGAGGUUCCAAAGACAGACAAGAGUUUUGAGGAGCGCCUCAUUUUCAAAACAUUCAUCUUGAAGUUUGUCAACGCCUUCACACCCAUCGUCUACCUGGCUUUCUUCAGAGGAAGACUGGUUGGGAGACCUGGAAAGUAUCUGUAUGUGGUUGGCUCUUACAGGAUGGAGGAGUGUGCUCAUGCAGGCUGUCUCAUGGAGCUGUGCAUACAGCUGUGCAUCACCAUGCUGGGCAAGCAGCUCAUCCAGAACAACCUCUUUGAGAUUGGCAUACCGAAGCUAAAGAAACUUCUCCGGAAAAGGAAAUCAGAACUGACCUCCAAACAAGAAGAGGAGCUCCACAAAACUCUGAAGCGCUAUGAGAAAGAUCAUGUCCUGGGUCCUUUUGUUGGCAUCAACCCUGAGUACAUGGAGAUGAUUAUCCAGUUUGGCAUGGUGACGCUCUUUGUGGCCUCCUUCCCUCUGGCGCCGCUCUUUGCUCUUCUGAAUAACAUCAUUGAAAUCCGGCUGGAUGCCAAGAAGUUUGUGUUGGAGCUGCGGAGGCCAAUUGCAGCCAAAGCCAAGGACAUUGGUAUCUGGUACAACCUGCUGAGGGGCCUCAGCAAGGUGGCUGUCAUUGUAAAUGCUUUUGUCAUCGCCUUCACAUCUGACUUUGUCCCUCGGCUCGUCUACCAGUACACCUACAGUCCUGAUGGGACUAUGCAUGGCUUUGUCAACCACACACUGUCAUAUUUCAACGUCAGUGACUUUCAGAAGGGUACAGAACCAACUAUCCCUAAGUUUGAUGUACAGGUCUGCAGGUAUAAGGAUUACAGAGAGCCUCCCUGGUCCAACACACCGUAUGAACUGUCCAAGGAAUUCUGGGCCAUUCUGGCCGUCCGCCUCGCCUUCGUUAUCGUCUUCCAGAACGUGGUGAUGCUCAUGAGCGACUUUGUGGACUGGCUCAUCCCGGACAUCCCCAAGGACAUCAGCUUCCAGAUCCACAAGGAGAAGCUUCUCAUGUUGGACCAUUUUAUGAAAGAAGAAGGGAGAAGACGAGACAAUCACAACUAUGACAGAUACACCAGCCCCUCGUCGGGUAAUGCCAGCCCCAAACAGCCCCGUUCACGCCCCACUUUCCAUGCAAGAGCUGGCUGGUAACGUUUCAUCAUCGGCAAGGCUUCUCCUGCAUUUCCAUUGAUUGGAAAUUUUAAAAUAUCCCUGAUUUCAUCCCGUCAGAAUUCUGUCACUGGAUGGUUUGCCAGAACUUUCCAUCUUAGAUGUUAUUCAUAUCACACCCUCAGUCACUGACCAAGAACUCUGUAAAUGGCGUCCUGUCGCCGAUGCACAAAUCUGCCAAACUUAUUCAUUAGAGAGGAAGAAGCCAUUAAGGGUCACGGCGGGACCAAGGUCAGGUUUACUCUGAGGAAGCUGUGCCACCUCUGCCAUGGGACCAACUCCUUUCAAUCUGACAAUCUGAAACUCCGUCCAAACGAUUAUUGUUUUUUUCCUUAUCUUAUUUCUGGGAAUGGUAUCCAGAUAUCCUGAGAUGUAUCCAACUUCUUUGUUGGACAUAAGUGUACAAACACAGGGAUUUAUUGACCUAUGUUUUAAAACAUUUAGGAUGUACUUGCACAUGCACAUUGAUAUCAGAAUUAGAAGCUGGUAUCAAAUGGCUUUUGGCAUCUUUUUCUUCAAUAAUUACUCAUAUGUUAUAAACACUCUGUGGUGUUGGGCUUCAAGUGUAGCUGUAGAUUUUAUGUGCCAGGAGAAAGGGAACCAUCAUUAUUGAGGUAGAUGUGAAUAGUUUUAAUGCCUGAUUAACUUUAGUCUGUUGAGAGCAACAAGUUUAUAAUAAUUACUAUUUUUAACAUUUAUCAUAAGCAUUUUAGCAGACAGUAAAAAGCACAUGAUAUUCUGCUUGUUUGUGAUUGUUUUACUUGAAGAACACAAAACAAAUGACUUCAGGACCUUUAAUGUUGCUAACUUUGGAUGUAGAGUUUCAGAUAGUAGAAAUCAUAUCAGAAGUUAGUCAAGCAUUUUCUCUAUGAAGAUUCAAAAACUUUCUAGAAAAUGAUAAAAGCAAAAGAAAAACAAGCUUUUCCAAAUACUAAACACACUCACAUGAGGCGGCUGUGUUUAUGUCUAAUUUCUUACCUUCAGCAUUAGUAAAGAUUGAUUGAAAAUGAAAUUAUGAAAUAACUGUAUAUUGGAAAAACACUGUUAACUUUUGUUUUAGAUUUAACUUUGUUACAGUGGAUUUUCCAUUUGCUCACCUUAAAGACUUUUGUAACAUAAAGCUAAAAAUAGAAUCCAUCUUUCAGGCUGCAGAAAAACUGGAAUUUCAACUGAAAAACAUCUGAGUGUUUUGAAGGUAAAAAUUCUUUAAUGUAUCAGAAACGGUGCUAAAAUUAUAUUUAGCUAUGUGAUUAUAUUCAAUGUGUGUGUUGACUAAACCAAUAUUAUACAUAACCAAAAGGUCAAUUACACCAUAAAAAUGUUGUGCAGCUCCAGCUCUUCUCAGCCUUCAGUCUGAACGCAAAGCGAGGAUCACCAGAACUAACUCUGCCUUAUAAUCUACAAACUGGGAUUGAAACAGUUAACUGAUUAACUUAUCGUCCACCCAUCCAAUGUGCCGCUGUAUACCAGUGAAACCUGAUGAAGCAGGGCUUUUUCAUCAUUAUCUUGCCUUAUAUUCAGUACAUAAAAUAAUUUUUGAUUUGACUGUAGUCUGCAUCCUUUUACCUGUCUUUUCUCAAAGACUGAAUAGUUUUGUGUUUUUCUAAUUGCUAAAGCAAAAUGUGGGAGUGACUGGAAAUUGCACCGAAGAGUGGAAGUGGAAUAGGGUCAGUGUGUACUGUCCGACCAAUCUCUAACUGAGGGAUUCAAGCAGUUCUUAUUUCAGCUCCUGCCUCAGACUGAUGGAAUGUAUUUGGUUUUUUUGUUAUAAAAUUAUGUGAAAUGCAUUCGAAAUAGAAAUGUUGUCUUUUGAUUAGAUUAGCAUGACGUUCCACAUAUUAAAGGGACCAAUGACAUAACAAACUUUUAUUCAUCUCACUUGGUGUUAACACUCAAGAAGAAACCAUCAGAUGAUCUGUUUGCUGUGUAGAAAAGCCUGGACAAGCACAUCAUUUUCAAACAUCUUGUCAGAAGAAAUGUUCCAAUCUUUUUAAUGAAAUAUUCUUCCUGUUUUUUUUCCUACAUGUUUACAUAUUUUGAGGAUGCUAUACAGUAAUAGUAUAGAACAGGAACAGUAUGUAAGAGCCUCGUUAAGCACAAGUGCUUCUGGUCAGAUUCAACCUUGCCCCAUGCCCUUUUCCUUGUCUCUCAUUGGUUGUAUUGAACAAUUGUUGUAAAAUGAUUGUCUGUUUUAGUGUGUGCCAAAGCUCUUUUUCAACAAGGGUGAGAGUAUCUGCAUGUGAAACCAACAACUUUGUCUUUUAUAUUGUCUUUCUUGUUUGAUCAUAUUUAGGAUGUGCAAAUAAACCAUGGUUCCCAAUGCUGA